UAUUUGUUGUUUAUGCAAUGAUGCUUGAAAUGAUAGUGCUUAAGGUAAUGGUGCUUGAGGUAAUGGUGCUUGAGACAAUAGUGCUUGAGAUGAUGGUACUUGAAAUAAUAAUGCUUGAGGUGAUAAUGCUUAAAAUAAUGAUACUUGAGAUAAUAAUACUUAAAAUAAUGAUACUUAAGAUGAUAUUACUUAAGAUGAUAGUGCUUGAGGUAAUAGUUCUUGAACCAAUUACUUCUGAGAUAAAUCACUAUAAGAUUGAUUUGGCUAAAGUUUUAGUUUGA